GUAAACAGACAGCGCUAGCAGCAUUAGCUAGUAGGUGCACGUUAGCAGUUAGUUGGAAGACGUUAGUGUGGUCGUGUCUCGGGUGAAUGUUCAAGUAGUGGACGGAGCAGUGAUGUCUUCGGUUCAGUAUUUGAGAGAGUUUAUCAGCGAGCGACUAACAGCUGCUGCUGAGGAGAUAUUCACGGUCUUUGAAAAAAACAUCGUCCAGUACGAAGAAGAGGUCGAUCGUCAGCGCAGACUGCUGGAGACCGUUUUGAAACCUGAAAUAAAGCUGCACAGGAUCGAGCUCCCACAGCAGCAUGUCUGUAAAGAGGAGGAGGUUCUCACUGACCAGCAGCUCUGUCCCCAGGAGAGGAACUCCAUUCUGGACCAAGAGGAACAAGAACCUCCACAGAUUAAAGAGGAACAGGAGGAAAUGUGCACCAGUCAGGAGGGAGAGCAUCUCGUACUGAAGCAGGAGACUGAAACCUGCAUGUUGACUCCUCAUGGUGAGGAAAGUGACCAUAGAGAACCAGACGAGCUCCCACAGCAGCAUGUCUGUAAGGAGGAGGAGGUUCUCAAUGACCAGCAGCUCUGUCCCCAGGAGAGGAGCUCCAGUCUGGACCAAGAGGAACAAGAACCUCCACAGAUAAAAGAGGAACAGGAGGAAAUGUUCACCAGUCAGGAGGGAGAGCAGCUUGUACUGAAGCAGGAGACUGAAACCUGCAUGUUGACUCCUCAUUGUGAGGAAGGUGCCCAUAGAGAACCAGACAGUGAGCACCAGCUCCUCUCUCACAACUCUCCUGUAGCUGAGAGCCAAGAUCAGAACAGAAGAAAACAUAUGGAUUCAGGAUCAACAGGGAAUGAAGAACCAAACCCACAGAAGAGUUUUCAUGAAAUAAGGAGUCACGGUAGCAAUGUGGAUAACUCUCCUGAAUCAGAGAUUAACUCUAAUACUCAAACAGGUAAAAAGUCUUUCAAAUGUGACACUUGUAGAAAAACGUAUGUGUGUAAGUAUAAAUUGAAGAGUCAUCUGAGAACGCACACAGGUGAAAAACCUUAUUUAUGCAAAAUAUGCAAGAAAGGAUUUGGACGUGGUGAUGAACUGAGAGUACACAUGAAAAUUCACACUGGUGAGAAGCCAUUUUCUUGCCAAACAUGUGGGAAAAGGUUUGGACGUAGUGAUGAAUUGAAAAUCCACCUGAGAAGUCACACUGGUGAGAAGCCAUAUUCUUGCCAAACAUGUACAAAACGUUUUGUAAGUAGUAGUAAAUUGAAAGUCCAUGUGAGGUUUCACACUGGUGAGAAGCCAUUUUCGUGCAAAAUUUGUCAGAAAGGUUUUGUAAGGAUUUGUGAUUUGAAGGUUCAUAUGAGAAUUCACACUGGUGAAAAGCCAUAUUCCUGCCAAACAUGUGGGAAAAGGUUUGUACGUACUGAUGAAUUGAGAAUCCACAUGAGAACUCACACUGGUGAGAAGCCAUAUUCUUGCCAAACAUGUGGGAAAAGGUUGGGACGUAUUGAUGAAUUGAAAGUCCACAUGAGAAUGCACACUGGUGAGAAGCCAUAUUCUUGCCAAACAUGUGGUAAAUGUUUUGCAAGUAGUGGCAGUUUGAAAGUCCACAUGAGAAUUCACACUGGUGAGAAGCCAUAUUCUUGCCAAACAUGUGGGGAAAGUUUUGGACGUGGUGAUCAAUUGAAAGUCCACAUUAGAACUCAUAUAUAAGAAGCCACACUCUUGCGAACCAUUUAAGAAAUUUUUUGGAAGUAGUGGGAUCUUGAAAGUCCAGAUGAUGGCUCAUACGUAAGAAGCCGUACAUCUGCAUUAUCUGUGGGAUAAGGUUAAGAGUAAGAGUACAAUGGACAUUUUACAUUACAAGUGUCACAUUUUACUUUCAAAUGUGACACUUGUGGACAAACUUGU